GGGACAAUAUUUAAGGAGGUGCAGCUGUCCUCUCCUCACAAAAUAGAGAAAGGAGGAGCUGAAAAGCGUUUGGGAGAAAAAAAAAGAAAAAAUAACUUUUUCAGCUAGGAUUUCAACAGGACUUUAGUUCCCUCCACCUGGAUUUUACUGUCAAGGACCCAUCACUGCUUGUAUCCUUUCACUAGCUUCUACAGCAGUAGGGUCCGAAGCAAAUUACGGUUUGAGCUAGUUUGACCAGACUUUGAUACAAACAACUUACAUCUAUCUUCUACCAAUCCCCAUGUUUUAAGAGCUGGUAUACAUACAGCAAGAGCGCAUGAAAUCCCCCGUACCUAUAUCCUGUGCAACCCGCGGGGCUGAUUUCACAGAUGAGACAGCAUUGGUGGAGUGCCCCUCGGAGUGUCCUCUCUGGCAGUUCUCUGUGUUUGGGUCAGGAGUUUAUGCCUCAGUCUCCAGCAUUUGUGGAUCUGCUAUUCACAGAGGUGUGAUCAGCACAGCAGGCGGUCCAGUAAGAAUUCAGAAACUGUCUGGCCAAGAAAACUACCUCAGCUCCUAUGGACACGGCAUCAAAUCUCAGACGCUCUCCAGAUGGAUUUCAUCCUUCUCUGUGUCCAGGGCUCAGACCAUCCCAAUCGAGGUCUCUGGUCAGCCAAAAGCAACUGCACUGCCAAAUUCAGCAAAGAAAACUGUUAAGAAAAAUGUGAAAAAAGCUAACAAUGGAAACAAAGACUGUAAAGUUGAUAUUGUGUUUCUGCUGGAUGGAAGCUACAACAUUGGAAGACGCAGGUUCAACCUGCAGAAGAACUUCAUCAGCAAGCUAGCCCUGAUGCUGGGGAUAGGCCCUGAGGGACCACACUUAGGGAUUGUACAAGUCAGUGAAAACCCCAAAACCGAAUUCUACCUUAAAAACUUCACGCAGCCUAAGGAUGUUGUUUUUGCCAUUAAGGAGGUGGCUUUCAGAGGUGGAAACACAAAUACAGGGAAGGCCCUGCGGCACACUGCAGAGACGUUCUUUACCCCUGAGAACGGGGCUCGGAGGGGCUUCCCUCGUGUGACUGUAAUGUUUGUGGAUGGCUGGCCCUCUGACGACAUAGAAGAGGCUGCCACAGUGGCCAGGGAGUCUGGCAUCAACGUGUUCGUCGUCUCUGUGGCAAAGCCGGCACCCGAGGAGCUUGGCAUGGUGCAAGACAGGGGGUUUGUGCAGAAGGCUGUUUGCAAAGACAAUAACUCAUUUUCUUACAAUAUGCCCAGCUGGUUCAGCACAACCAAGUUUGUGAAGCCUCUAGCACAGAGGCUGUGCGCUGAAGAGCAGAUGCUUUGCAGCAAGACCUGCUAUAACUCUGUGAACAUCGCCUUCCUGAUCGAUGGAUCCAGCAGCGUGGGGGACAGUAACUUUCGCCUGGUGCUUGACUUUAUUGCCAACAUUGUCGAUGCUUUUGAAAUCUCAGAUAUUGGGAGCAAAAUAGGGGCUGUCCAGUUUACAUACGACCAGAAAAAAGAGAUUGGAUUCCAUGACUACACGACAAAAGAAGAUACUCUUGCUGCUGUCCGUGGUAUUCGCUACAUGAGUGGUGGGACGGCAACUGGGGAAGCCAUUUCAUACACAGUCAGUAACUUGUACAAUCCACUGAAAAGAGGCGCCAACAGGAACUUCAUAGUUAUUAUUACUGAUGGCCAGUCUUAUGAUGAAAUCCGAGGCCCUGCUGUUUCUGCACAGAAGGAAGGCAUUACUGUGUAUUCUGUUGGGGUGGCCUGGGCACCAAUGGAGGACCUCAAAGCUAUGGCCUCUGAACCCAAAGAGUCGCAUGCCUUCUUCACCAGAGAGUUCACAGGAUUGCACCAGUUUGAGCAGCCCAUCAUUAAAGGCAUCUGCAGAGAUUUCACAGAGCCACACUAAGAACAAAAAAAAAAGAUAGAGUUGCCUUUUUCAAAAGAGAAAACGCCUGGAAGUGGCACAAUGGCUUAGCAGGCUUGCAACACUAGCGUAAAUGCUUUGCCCAUGCAUGACGUGAAAUCUACCCUACAUAGCCUUGCAGAAUAGUAUCAAAGCCCAGUAAUGCAUACACUGUAAAACUUACACUAAUUAUCUGUCCAUUUUAGUUUAAAAUGGCAGCAGUGUUGAAUGGAUACAGUAUAUAACUGUGUAAUGGAUCUCUGCAGGUUAUGAAGUCUGAAAUGAAAGCCAAAAGCCUAUUGGUUGAAUGAAUUAAUCCUCUGCACAACUUUUGAUAUGCAGGGAAGAAAAAGUGAAAUCCAAACUAAUAUAGAGAACUCUUCUUCCUUGUGGUAUGGUCAUUGUAUAUUUGGCACAGAAUUACUUGCAUGCUUGUUUCUGAGUUGGAAACAAAUUGGCUUGUGCUAUACCGAUUCAGCUGUACAAAAGGAAUUAUUCUAAAAGGUAGAAAGUGGACCAGUAUAUAAACGGAUCAGAACCAGUAUAUAAACCUUUCUUACAAGACUGUUCACAAAAGGAUAAACCGAGUAACUAUUUAAUUUUUCUUUUUGCAAUGGUUUGUGGACUAUUACUGUUUGUAUGUCAACAUUCAGUAUUAUGUGAAAGAAAUGUAUUUUAUUUUCAACCUCUAUAGUGUUGUAUUUACAUGGAAUAAUAAACAUUUAAAGCUUUCAA